AAUGGAAAUGCCUGUUUCACCUCUUUUGAAGCAUUUGUCAGAAGAGCUAGAGUUCGAUACCUUUCUUGUCUUUCUUUUCCUCCUAUCUUUGCUUCUCUUGUUCAUUCUUAGUAGGUCUCGUUCUAAACUAAAUUUACCACCGUCACCACCAAGGUUACCACUAAUUGGAAACCUUCACCAACUAGGCACGCAUCCACACCGCUCUUUCCGAGAACUCUCCAAAAAAUAUGGCCCUCUAAUGCUCUUAAAAUUGGGCCAAGUUCCAACUCUUGUUGUUUCAUCAGCUGAUAUGAUGAAAGAAAUCAUCAAAAACCAUGAUAUCACUUUCUCUAACAGGCCGAAAACCACUGCUGCUGAUAUCAUACUUUAUGGAAGCCAUGACGUGGGGUUUGCCCCUUAUGGUGAAUAUUGGAGACAAACUCGAAAAAUCUGUGUUCUUGAACUUUUGAGCUUCAGAAGAGUUCAACAAUUUCAGUUCGUGAAGGAAGAAGUCACCGUUGCCUUGAUCGAAAGGAUACGUCGAGCUAGCCAAUCUAGCAAGGAUUCUUCUGUAAAUCUAAGUGAGAUGUUGAUUGCAGCAUCUAACAAUAUAAUGUCUAGAUGUGUUCUUGGGAGGGAUUUUGAAGACGAAGACGGGCCCAGCAAGUUUGGAGAGCUGGGCAGAAAGUUGAUGGUCAGUAUGACGACCUUUAGCGUGGGAGAUUUCUUCCCUUCUUUGAGAUGGGUUGACAAUCUCAUAGGCGUAAUAGGACGAAUGAAAUUCAUUUUUUCAGAAUUGGACACCUUUCUUGAUCAAGUGGUUGAAGAACACAACGCAGUACUAGAGGGUGGUGAAGAUAUUGGCGGGUCUAAUACGAAAGACUUUGUGGAUAUUUUUCUUAAACUCCAAAAGCAUGGCAUGCUUGAAUUUGAGCUCACUCAAGACAACAUUAAAGCAAUCCUAGUGGACAUGUUCAUCGGUGGAAGUGAUACAACUUCGACAUUGUUAGAAUGGCUAAUGGCGGAGCUACUGAGACAUCCAAAGGUGAUGAAGAAAGCCCAAGAAGAGGUGAGGAGAGUGGUUGACAAUAGGUCAAAGAUCGAUAUGAAUGACGUCCAUCAAAUGGAUUACUUGAAAUGUGUCGUCAAAGAGACUCUUAGACUACAUCCUCCUGCUCCUUUGCUACUUCCUCGAGAAACAAUGGCAGCCAUUGAGCUUAGAGGCUUUCAUAUUCCUGACAAAACAAGAGUGUUCAUCAAUUCAUGGGCAAUUCAAAGGGACCCAAAUGUUUGGGACAAGCCAGAGGAAUUCCUUCCAGAGAGAUUCCAAGAUAGUGAUGUUGAUUUUAAAGGGCAGGACUUCCAAUUUCUUCCGUUUGGUUCGGGCAGAAGAGGGUGCCCUGGCUUGACUUUUGGGGUUUUUAGUGUCGAGUAUGUGAUGGCCAACCUAUUGUAUUGGUUUGAUUGGAAGUGUCCUGAUGUUGGCGGGGCAAUACUGCCGAACGAAUUGGAUAUGAGUGAAGUUUAUGGGCUCACUGUUCAGAAGAAAAUUCCUCUUCAUCUUGUUCCUGUACCUUACUACCCUUGAUCCAUCUAUGUUGGAUCCAUGGUUCUCCUCUUCAUGUUUCUUUUCUUUCUUUCCUUUCCUUCCUCUUUUUUUGUUUUGUUUUUGUUUUUAACUCUGUUAAAUAUGAAUGUAUAUACAGUGUGUUGUACGUUUUAUAUGAU